GUUAACUUCAGCACCUGGACAGCGACCCUUUCGGAGGCCUUGUUUCAAAUUGGAUAUAUGCACUCUAACAAUGCAAACAGAGGAAACACACCAACAUAUUUUGGAACAAUGCAAUGUGAAUACUUGUUCUGAAAAACAACCCAGCGCUCUUUGUCAAGGAAGGUCCGUUGUUGCUGGGUGAUAGUGGUUGAAUUGCGCACCAGCUCGAAGAGCAUUUGCUUGAUAGCAGCCCCAGUACUGCUGAUCAUAUAACCGUAACUGUGCUACCGCCUUGUGGGUUGCCUCCGCGAAGGGAGGGGUGUGAAAGCCUACCAGACGUACAGUGGAAGAGAAAAUAUCCACGAUCGCCUUUGUUGACGGCGCUUUGAAAGAGAAGAUGUGGCGCUUCCCCAUACCUGGGGUAACGUUAUUGCUGUGGAUACUUGGAGUCCUCGGCAACCUAAGCACCGCGCGCUCAGCAUCCCAAAAAUGUGACGAGGUGUUGGCCACCCCGCUACCGUACAGUGCGUUCUCGGGGUCCUCGGUGCUGUCUGGUGACUAUGGGGCCGGCUAUGCCAAACUCAACAGGAGAGGAGGAGCUGGGGGCUGGUCGCCGCAGGACUCGGACCGGUACCAGUGGCUCCAAGUGGACCUCCGGGGCAGGAAACAGAUCACUGCCAUAGCAACGCAGGGCCGAUACAGCAGUUCUGAUUGGACGAAGCAGUACAGGUUCCUGUAUAGUGACACAGGGAGCAACUGGAGGGCCUACCGGCAGGACGGCACCAUAUGGACGUUUUCUGGAAACUGGAACUCCGAGAAGGUGGUGAGGCACAACCUCCAGUAUUCCAUCGUGGCACGGUAUCUCCGCUUCAUCCCGUUAGAGUGGAGUGAGGAGGGACGAGUAGGGCUGCGCGUGGAGGUCUACGGCUGUGCUUACUGGUCUGACAUGAUCAGCUUUGAUGGCCAGGGAGUAAUGUCCUACCGCUUCCGGGCGAAGAAGAUGCGCAUCCUGAAGGACCUGAUCUCCCUGAAGUUUAAGACAACCAAAGGGGACGGAAUUCUCCUGCACGGAGAAGGACAGCAAGGGGACUACAUCUCCCUGGAACUCCAAAGGGCCAAGCUGUGGCUCCAGAUCAACCUAGGAAGUAAUCAGUAUGGCUCUAUCCAGGGCCACACAGCUGUGUCCAGUGGUAGUCUCCUUGACGAUGACCACUGGCACAGCGUGGUGAUACAACGUUAUCGUCGGAGUGUCAACUUCACCCUGGACCAGCACAUACACAGCUUCCGAACCAAUGGAGAGUUCGAUCAUCUCGACCUAGAUUACGAAAUCAGCUUUGGAGGCAUGGCGGUGUCCAGUAAGCCAAGCUCUGGAGGCAGAGAGAACUUUGUGGGCUGCAUGGAGGGCAUUGUUUACAAUGGAGACAAUAUCACUAGCCUGGUCCGCAGGAAGAAACUGGACACGUCCAGCUUUCGCAAUCUGACGUUCUCCUGCGCAGAGUCGCACAUGUUCCCCGUGUUCUUCAACGCCACCAGUUUUGUGUUGCUGCCGGGGCGGAGCGAUGCGGACACGAUGUCGGUGAGCCUGAUGUUCCGCACGUGGAACCCCAAUGGGCUGCUGCUGUUCUCACCGCUGGUCUACGGAGGCGUGGAGAUCAGCCUGAUGGACGGGAAGGUCACUGUGCACAUCUACGUCUCUCAGAAACAGAGCACACGCGUGGACAUAUCCUCUGGGUCUGGGCUCAAUGAUGGUCAAUGGCACAGCGUCCACUUCCUGGCCCUGGAGAGCUUUGCCAUGCUGACCAUCAACGGCGAUGAGAUGUCCUCAGUGCGGGCGGCCCUUCCUAUCAUGAUCAGGACGGGAGGCUCCUACUACUUUGGUGGCUACUUCCCCCGGACCAACCUGUCCCCCACGCAGAGGUCCUUCCAGGGAUGCAUGCAGCUGAUCCACGUCGACGAGCAGCUGGUGGACCUGCAGGCGGUGGAGAAGGGCUCGCUGGGGACCUUCGAGAAUGUCAGCCUCGACAUGUGUGCCAUCAUAGACCGGUGUGUGCCCAAUCACUGUGAGCAUGGUGGCCGCUGCUCUCAGACGUGGAACUCCUUCAGCUGUGCCUGUGAGGGGACGGGCUACACCGGGGCCACCUGCCACACCUCUGUGUACGAGCAGUCUUGUGAGGAAUACAAGCACCUGGGGAGGACGUCCGACACAUACUGGAUCGACCCGGAUGGCAGCGGGCCUCUAGAGCCGUUUAAAGUCAACUGUAUCAUGACGGAGGAUAAAGUGUGGACAACGGUGGCCAAUGACCUGCCUGCCCAGAGUCCUGUGAGUGCAGAGUUGGAGGCAGCCACUGUGCUGGAUCUCAACUACAGCAUGUCAACUGAACAGAUUAAUGCUAUCACCAGCAGUGCAGAACACUGUGAGCAAUACUUGGCCUAUGCCUGCCGCAUGUCACGUCUACUCAACACACCAGCAGAGGGGCCUCCAUUCACCUGGUGGCUGGGCAGAGGCAAUGAAAAGCACACCUACUGGGGGGGCUCAGGGCCGGGUGUCCAGAAAUGUGCCUGUGGGAUCGAACGCAACUGCACUGAGCCCAGCCACUACUGCAACUGUGAUGCAGACCAGAGGCAGUGGAGAGAAGAUUCUGGAAUUCUCAUGUAUAAGGAUCACUUGCCCGUCCGUCAGGUGGUGGUCGGGGAUGUGCGCCGGUCCGGCUCUGAGGCCCGGCUCACUGUGGGGCCUUUACGUUGUCAGGGAGAUCGUAACUACUGGAACGCUGCCUCCUUCAACACACCGGCGUCCUACCUGCACUUCCCCACCUUCUCAGGGGAGACCAGUGCAGACAUCUCCUUCUAUUUUAAGACCUCGUCCACUUACGGCGUCUUUCUGGAGAACCUGGGCAACACUGACUUCAUCCGCCUGGAGCUCAAAUCACCCACGACUGUCUCGUUCUCCUUCGACGUGGGCAACGGGCCGGUGGAGCUGACCGUGAACUCGGCCGGGCCACUCAACGACGACCAGUGGCACAGGGUGGAGGCCGAGCGCAACGUCAAGGAGGCGGUGCUACAGCUGGACGGACGGCACAGGGAGGUGCGCCUGGCUCCACCCCAGGGACACACCCGCCUCCAGCUCUUCAGCCAGCUCUUCGUGGGUGCAUCAGGGGGUCAAAGAGGUUUCCUAGGAUGCAUUCGAUCCCUGAAGAUGAAUGGUGUGACCCUUGACCUUGAGGGGAGGGCUGAGGUCACGCCGGGGGUGAAGCCUGGCUGUUCGGGACACUGCAGCAGUUACGGCAUGCACUGCCAGAAUGGGGGAAAGUGCCUGGAGAAGUACAACGGCUACUCCUGUGACUGCUCCCUCACCGCAUUUGAUGGCCCUUUCUGCACUGAAGAUGUUGGUGGCUACUUCGAAACAGGUACUGUGGUCCGUUACGACCUGAUGUCCGACUCUGGGGCCUCUUCUCUGAGGGAAGGCAGGGGAUCCCUGUCUCCGCUGACCGCCGAGGCCAACCUGACCCAGGAGGAGCUCACCUUCAGCUUCAGCACCUCCAACUCCCCCAGCGUGCUCAUCUACGUCAGCUCCAGGACACAGGACUACCUGGCCGUGGUGCUGCGCCACAACGGUACCCUUCAGAUCCGUUAUAACCUUGGGGGACUUAGGGAGCCUUUCACCAUCAGUCUGGACCAGCGGAACAUGGCCAACGGGCAGCCCCACAGCGUCAACAUCUCCAGACAGGACAGGGUCAUCCACCUACAGCUGGAUCACUAUCCAUCAGUGAGUUACAUCUUACCAGAAGCCUCAGACACAGAGUUCAAUCUUGUCAAGACAAUAUUCCUUGGAAAGGUUUUCGAGACGGGUCAGAUCGACCCUGUGAUCAUCGAGAAGUACAACACCCCGGGCUUCAUGGGCUGUCUCUCCCGAGUGCAGUUCAACCGCAUCGCCCCUCUGAAGGCAGCACUGCGAUCAGGCAUCUCCUCGACCGCCUCAGUGCAGGGGGUCCUCGUGGAGUCUAACUGUGGGGCGUCUCCUCUCACUAUUUCACCCAUGUCUGCUGCCUUCGACCCCUGGCACCCAGAAUCAGCUGGUGCCCAGUUCCCUUUCAAUGAAGAGAGGGUGGGCCGAGAUGGGCUGAAUCGUGACUCUGCGAUCAUUGGGGGUAUCAUCGCCGUGGUGAUCUUCACCAUCUUAUGCACCCUGGUGUUCCUGGUCCGCCACAUGUUCCGCCACAAGGGCUCCUACCAUACCAACGAGGCCAAAGGAGCCGAAUCGGCGGACUGUGCCGACGCAGCCAUCAUAGUCAACGACCCCGCCUUCACAGAGACUAUUGAGGAGAGCAAGAAAGAAUGGUUCAUCUAGGCAGAGGUUUCUGGAGUUUCUGAGCAGAGCUGGACUGCCCACUAGGGCAGGCCUAAUAAUAAAGUCUACUCAAUGAAUGAUCAGAGGAGCUGUGCAGUCGGCUUGGGGACUUGGUCUGGGUACAGGCUGGCAUGUCUAUAAUGUAAUUAUGUUGUGUGCAAGUACAAGGGGUUCAGCCUACUCCACUAAACCAUUACAUGCACCCAGGAGGGCAUAUGUUUAUUUUGUUUUUGUUUUUCCUAAAACCACAGACUUACAUCCAAAUACAUUGUGCAUUUAUCUCAUAUUUGAUUGUGGAACUAUCUGUGUUUAAGAUCAACAAGACACUUUUGAUAGAGCAUUGCAAUUGCUUUACAGACAUAAAUGCACCACAUUGCCUAUGUGAGAAUUAGCAUAAUGCAAACAAAUUAUGUUUAUUUAUGUUUCAGACAAUGACAUUUGAUUGUAUUUAUAAUGGGCCCUGUAGCUAAUAUCUCCAGGAAGAUCGAAUGUCAUUUUAAAAAAGACAAUAGUAUUUCAUUUUUAUAUCAUACAUUUUAAGAUACUCUCUUUUCAAGUUACCAAAAUUCAGUGUUCUCUAGUCCAUGAUUGUUGUACAUGUUUUGAACAGUUGUACUGGGGAUUGUACUGAUAUCACCAUGACUACAUAGACAACAUUCAAGUGACAAUUUCAUUAAAAAAUACCUUUUCAACAAAACUAUAACCGCUCUUCAGGUACGUAAGACGUAGUGUUAGAUGUUGGUGCCUAUGUGAACUGGAGCAGUGUCAUUUCAAUUUAAUACCAUACUUUAAACAUUCCACACAGCAUUUGUUAUUAAACCAAUACAUAAUAACAAUAAUAAUAAUAAUAAUAAUAUAGCUAUGUCUUCUUUGAAUCUAUAUACCACCCGCCAAAUCUAUAGACCAUGUGCUUCAACUUGAUUGAACAAACUCAUUUGCGUAUGACUGAGCACAAUCACAUUAUACUGAAGACACAAAUUAGCAUUCCAGCUCCACUGCCCUUUUUGAUACAAUGAUGUGCUCAAAAGGGUGCCAUUUACUGGUCAGCAAUUUUCAAAAAAGGAUUUCAACAUUACAACAAUUUAACAUAACUGAAUUCAUUUGAGACUUACACAAUUUAUGCUCUUUGAAAGAGAAAGGUUUACAGCACAUCUUUACUUGAAAUGUCCAGUUUGACAAUGAAAAAUACAUGAAAAGUUUGCUCUUGACAUACAUAUUCUAAACGUAACAUAAUCUAUACAAUCAAGUCCAAAGGAGUCACUCGAGUUAUAAUGUACAGUAGUAGAGACUUAGCAAUGAGGUUUUUGAUGCAGUUAUGUAAAAUAUUGGCUAACGUUCAGGGAAACUGCAAUAAAGGAUUCCUUUAUUGGUUCCACUCUUAGUUGGGGAUAACACAUUAUUCACUUCAGUUCUAAAGCUCUUAAAACAAUAGCUGUCAACAACAACAUAUAUGGACUGCAGUGGUUGUAAUUCAAAAGCACAUAAUACACAACAGAACUACAUUGGUCAUAUUCAACAUUUUGCUUGUCAGACUCAGACAGUAUAAAUUUAAUUUAUUUCAUUAAAACUCUCAUUGAAUUGUCUGACAAAACAAAUCACUGUCAUGCAUUAUUAGACACCAACAUCCAACACUUGCUUUAGUUGCGUAACCUGACCAGGAACUGACAAAACAAUCUGACUAAAUCCUUUUAAAGUGCCUCUGGGAUUUAGCAUAAUAAUGACAAAAACAUUGACAUGUUUUGUAACAAAUUCUGUGGUUGAAAUUCAGAAUAAGUUGUUUGAGUUAUCCAGGUUUCCGUCUUAACCAAUUUAAAGGGAGAGAGUUAUCAGCUAUACUUUUAUUGUGUUUCAGUUGAAUGUACUGCUACAGUAUAGUUGAAGGUCAUCUUAAUUUGCUAAAAAAAGGCUCAUGCAGUUAAUUUACACAAUGCCUUCGAUUUUUGUGCUAUUGUCGUGACCAAUUAUUUUUGGAACAUUGUCUUUAUCUUUAAUAUAAUAUUUCUCUUUGAUGCUCUAUGGCUGCUGCAUUUGCCUGCUCCGAUUUAGUAGUGUUUUUUUAUUUUAUUUUGGCAAGUAACACCAACAACGAAUAGCAAACAAAUUAUAAAAAAAAUCCCCACAUGUAUUCAGAGCAUAGCCUACAAAAAUUGUAAACUUGUCAGUAUUAUUUUGAAAUCACAAUUUUUUUUAAAAGCUCAUUGAAAUGGGAUAUGGCUGUCACUGAUAAUAGAAGAUGGAUUGAGAUCCAGUGAGAGUAUUACUGAUGCUGUUUGUUUGUUUGUUCCUUUCUUUUAUUGUGUGAAUGUGAAUAAGCCACUAUAAUGAAACCAUAACACACAUCAAUAAAUAUCAGAACUCUUUCUGUUUUGAUAAGAAA